AUGGGUAACCGGGGCCUUGGAAUUGCUCCAUGGGUUGAUGGCGAAUCAGAGCUGGAGUUUAGGAGACUAGGGAUGCAAGGACCCUUGGAGGCAUUAAGGAGGAGGGAACGGAAUACACAGAGGGCCUCCUUCUCUUUCAGCUUUUUAAUUGCCCUCUCUCCUCACACAGUAGAUUACUGCCACUCCUAUGAACUGUUCAAUAGGCGGUGGCAUGGGCAUGUCCUGGCUACACAGCGGCCCAGCCUCUUUAUUUUGAUGUUAGUGUGA